AUGGCUGCCUCCGCUCGAGCUCUCCGCCAGGCCAGCGGGAUCUUGCUGCGAGACUGCACUCCGAAGACACGUCCCUCCCCGCGAACCUUCUCUACUCGCAUCGCAGCACCUGUCACUAGGCAACAUCUGUUGAGCCAUAGAGCCCCCUCAUGGCAACAGGUCAGGAAGUUCACCAGAUCUUCUAAGCGGAGUGCUGCCGUGCAAACUCCUCCUCGUCCCGAGGCCUACCUGGAAAGCGGCGUGAUUGAGCCUGGAAAGAAUCUUGUCGAUGUCAAAAAGGUCCUAGUCAUCGGCAGUGGUGGCUUGAGCAUCGGCCAGGCUGGAGAAUUCGACUACUCUGGAUCUCAGGCCCUGAAAGCGCUAAAGGAGGCCGGCGUGACCUCUGUCCUCAUCAACCCCAACAUUGCGACGAUCCAGACCGACCACAAGCUCGCGGACGAGGUCUACUACCUCCCCGUCACCCCCGAAUAUGUCACGUACGUGAUAGAAAGAGAGAAGCCUGACGGCAUCCUCCUCACAUUCGGUGGUCAGACCGGUCUGAACUUGGGCGUAAAGAUGAAUAGGAUGGGCAUAUUUGACCGAUAUGGCGUCAAGGUCCUGGGCACCAGCAUCAAGACACUCGAAACAAGCGAAGACAGAGACCUGUUCGCCAAGGCGCUCCAUGAGAUUAACAUCCCCAUUGCACAUUCGAUCGCCGUGAGCACUGUCGACGAAGCACUUGAAGCUGCUGAACAAGUGGGUUAUCCUAUCAUCGUCCGAUCGGCGUAUGCUUUGGGCGGUCUGGGCUCCGGCUUCGCUGCAAAUCGUGAAGAGUUGAACAACCUGGCAUCCCGGUCUCUCUCAUUGUCUCCUCAGAUCUUGGUCGAAAAGUCCUUGAAGGGUUGGAAAGAGGUCGAGUACGAAGUCGUCCGUGACGCUGAAGACAACUGCAUCACCGUUUGCAACAUGGAAAACUUCGAUCCCCUUGGAAUUCACACGGGAGACAGUAUCGUUGUGGCACCUAGCCAGACAUUAAGUGAUGAAGAAUACCACAUGCUCCGGACAGCGGCUAUUAAGAUCGUCCGACAUCUUGGAGUUGUGGGUGAAUGCAAUGUACAAUACGCUCUACAGCCAGAUGGCCUCGACUACCGCGUCAUUGAGGUCAAUGCCCGGCUGUCUCGGUCGUCUGCUCUGGCAUCCAAAGCCACCGGCUAUCCUCUGGCUUACACCGCCGCGAAAAUCGGUCUCGGCCAUACUCUUCCGGAACUUCCAAAUGCUGUGACCAAGACAACGACGGCUAAUUUCGAACCGAGUCUGGAUUAUAUCGUGGUCAAGAUCCCUCGAUGGGAUUUGUCGAAGUUCCAACACGUAGACCGUCAUAUUGGCAGUGCUAUGAAGUCUGUGGGAGAAGUCAUGGCUAUAGGACGUACUUUCGAGGAAUCAUUCCAGAAGGCGAUCCGCCAGGUCGACCCAAGAUAUGUGGGUUUCCAGGGCGACAAGUUUGAGGAUCUGGACGAUACUCUUCGCAAUCCGACCGAUCGACGAUGGCUGGCUGUUGGACAAGCCUUGAUUCACGAGAACUACUCGGUGGAGAAGAUUCAUGAGUUGACCAAGAUCGACAAAUGGUUCCUCUACAAAUUGCAAAACCUCAAGGACACCAUGACAGAGAUUCAAGAAAUUGGUUCUGUAUCCGGCAUCAAACACGAACUCUUGUUGAAAGCCAAAAAGCAAGGGUUUUCCGACAAGCAGAUUGCCAUGUACACGAAUUCGACAGAAAAUGAGGUCCGAGCCCGUCGACAAAAGUUUGGCAUCCGACCGUGGGUUAAGAAGAUCGAUACACUUGCUGCCGAGUUCCCCGCUGACACCAAUUACCUGUAUACAACCUACAAUGCCUCCUCCCACGAUGUCACCUUUGAAGACCACGGUACCAUCAUCCUCGGAUCUGGUGUCUACAGAAUCGGCUCGUCGGUCGAAUUCGACUGGUGUGCAGUCAAUGCCACGUUGACCCUCCGAAACAUGAAUCAGAAGACUGUGAUGAUCAAUUACAACCCUGAGACUUACAGCACGGAUUUUGACACGGCUGACAAGCUCUACUUUGAAGAGUUGUCAUAUGAGCGUGUGAUGGACAUCUACGAGCUCGAAGGCGCUUCCGGCGUGGUUGUUAGUGUUGGCGGCCAGCUCCCUCAGAACAUCGCUCUCCGUUUGCAGGAGGAAGGCGGGGCGAAGGUCCUGGGCACCAAUCCCGAAGACAUUGACAAGGCUGAAGAUCGUCACAAGUUCUCCCAGAUCCUUGAUUCAAUUGGAGUGGAUCAGCCGGCGUGGAAGGAACUGACAUCGGUUGCCGAGGCCGAAGCGUUCGCUGAUUCAGUCGGUUAUCCUGUACUGGUUCGUCCGUCGUAUGUCCUGUCCGGCGCUGCCAUGUCGGUCAUCUCUACCCACGACGAAUUGAAGGACAAGCUUGAACAUGCCUCGUCCGUUUCGCCUGACCACCCAGUUGUGAUCACCAAGUUCAUUGAGGGAGCCGAGGAGAUCGACGUCGACGCUGUGGCUUCACAAGGAGAGUUGAUUUUGCAUGCGGUUUCGGAGCAUGUCGAACCCGCCGGUGUGCACUCUGGCGAUGCCACGUUGGUCCUUCCUCCUGUCAAUCUGGAGGAGAGCGUGAUGGCCCGCAUCAAGGAGAUUGCGCAGAAAGUGGCCAAGGCGUGGAAUAUCACGGGGCCCUUCAACAUGCAAAUAAUCAAGGCGGAUGUGCCGGGUGAGAAAUCCGCUCUGAAGGUGAUUGAAUGCAACCUUCGUGCCUCUCGGUCCUUCCCGUUUGUCAGCAAAGUCCUAGGGACAAACUUCAUCGACACGGCUACCAAGGCAUUGGUGGGCAAGGAUGUACCCCAACCUCAAGAUCUCAUGGCUCAAAAGCGCGACUACCUUGCCACCAAAGUGCCGCAAUUCUCCUGGACUCGGUUAGCCGGGGCCGACCCUUUCUUGGGCGUGGAGAUGAGCAGCACCGGAGAGAUUGCAUGUUUCGGUAAAGAUAUUGUUGAGGCGUAUUGGGCUUCGCUCCAGGCGACUAUGAACUUCCGAGUACCGGAGCCCGGCGAGGGUAUACUCCUGGGUGGAUCUACUGAGCUCCCGGAGCUACCCCAGAUUGUCGGGUAUCUUCAACCGUUGGGUUACAAACUCUACGCCGCAAGCGAGGAUGUGAAGAGACAUCUGGAAAAGUCUGGUGCUUCAAUCGAAGUGAUUGAGUUCCCCACGACGGACAAGAACGAGCUUCGAAAAGUGUUUGAGAAAUACGACAUCAAAGGAGUGUUCAACGUUGCCAAGGGCCGAGGCAAGACGUUGCUGGAUGAGGACUAUGUGAUGAGAAGGAAUGCUGUGGAUUUUGGUGUGCCCUUGUUUAUGGAGGCCAAGACCGCUUUACUAUUUGCUCAAUGCAUGAACGCCAAGCUGCCUCGAAAGGAGGGCAUUCCCCCUGAAGUCAAGAGCUGGCGCGAAUUUACUGGAUCCAAGAUGAUGUGA